CAAAGAUGGCGGAGGUUGAUUUUGGUGACAGUGAGCUGUUCCAGCAGUUUGAAGAGGGCAGACCUGUACAGACCCAUAUUGUGUUUGAAGAUGACAAAGAAGGUCCAGAGGAAAUCACUGAGCUUCGAGAGAAGUUAGAGGAAUGUGAAGAAACGAUUAGCCGUCUGCAAGCAGAGAAUCAGGAGCUGAAGAGAAAAUUGAAUGUUUUGACACGACCAAGUGGUAUAAGCGUAGAAGAUUCUAAAUUGGAUGGGCCACUGCUUCAGAUACUUUAUACAAACAAUGACAUCUCAAAGCAGUGUCGGCAGGAGAUUGAAGACAGCAUCUGUGGUCUUAUCCAGAAGCACAUGCAACAGAAGAAUGAAAAAGAAAAAGCCUCCUUUCAUGUCAAGCCUCAAACUUCAAGUUUCAUUCUACAAGAGCACUGUAAAGUAAAAGCUUCAGACACCAUCAAAAAGAUCAAGGAUGCUUUCAGUGUGGUUGGGAGUGUGCUGUAUUUCACCAGCUUCUGUCUGGACAAACUAGGACAGCCCCUGCUGAAUGAGAACCCCCAGCUGACUGAAGGAUGGGAGAUUCCUAAAUACCAACAGGUCUUCGGCCAGGUGAUUGCUUCAGAUGGACAAGAACUGCAAAUCAAGGAGAAACGACCCAAGCCCUGCUGCUUCAACUGUGGUUCAGAAGACCAUCAACUGAGAGACUGCCCCAAGCCAAAGGAUAUGGCUCGUAUAAGUGAGAAGAGGAAGGAGUUUUCUGGAGGUAAUAAUCAAAGCAACCAGCGUUACCAUGAAGAAGAGGUGGAGGAGCGUUUUGGGAAAUAUAAACCAGGAACAGUGAGUGAGGAGCUGCUUGAUGCCCUGGGCAUGGCAGCGAACUCCCUUCCACCCUUUGUCUACCGCAUGCGGCAGCUGGGAUACCCACCAGGCUGGCUGAAGGAGGCAGAGAUGGAGAACUCUGGCCUGAUGCUCUACGACGGAAAGGUGUCAAGUGAUGGAGAAAUCACUGAGGAUGAGAAUUACCAGAGCCACAAAAUCUCCUAUGACGUGUCUAAGCUUGUAGACUUCCCUGGCUUCAAUGUUUCUAUCCCUGCUAAUGUAAACGAUGAGUGGAGGUUGUAUGGGUCCAUCCCAAUGCAGCCAGACCAGUUGAAGCACAAUUUUGCUGCCUAUCUGUCCAGAAAUUUCCCAGUGCCUGGAUCCAACUGCAACAAAAGAGCUCAUGAAUCAGAUUCGACCCCCAGACAUUCAAAGAAAAGAAGGUCUGAUGUUGAUGGUGCCAGGUGUUCAGACAUGGAUGUCGAUUCAGGGUCAGAAACCCCACAAAGCUCCCGGAGCCCUGACAAUUUUCAGUUCCAGCCACCACUUCCCCCUGGUUCGCCCUCCUUUGGCACACCCCCUCCCCUUCCACGCGGCACACCACCAGCCACUCCCACUCCACCACCCCUGCCCAAGGAUACUCCUCCUGCAACACCCACCAAUGGUUCCCCAGCCCUGCGUGGGCGGCUUUGCGACGAAAUGGGGGAGGAGGACGGGCUGACCCUGGAGGAGCUGGAGGAGCAGCAGAGGCUGAUCUGGGCAGCACUGGAGCGUGCAGACAAUGGCACCAAUAGUGACUCAGAGACGCCUGCUGCUGGUACUCCCCUUGUGAGCUCCUCUGGCGCCUCCACACCUGCUCGGAUUGACACAGAGACAGAGGUGGAGAUGGAGGGGGAAGAGGAGGAGGAGAGGUCUGAGAGGUCAGAGGAGGCCUCCAGCAGUGGUGAAGAACUUUGCAGGGUGGCACCGUCCACAGAAGAUCAUGUGGUAAAUGAUGAUACUGGUAUCCAGGAUAAGUUUGAGCCACUGCAGCCACCAGAUGCUGAAAGUACCCCCAUCGCUGACAACCAGGACGCAAAGACUGAGAUUUCAGACAGGGAUGCUGAGAAGGUGAUGGCCGUCCCUCACCGGAGUAAGUUUGCAGCGGGCAUUAUCCCAUUCGAAGACACACCCGAGUACACAGAUGUCGCUGAGGCCACGGGAAUCUACCUCAGGAUCCGAGACUUACUGAAGAGCUCGCCCCGAAAUCAAGCCAAAAACAAAAAAUGAAAACUGUCGUUUGAGACAAAACAGACAGAGAUUUCCUUGCAAAACAUACUUCUUUUUAACAGGCUUGUUGCUUCAGAACACUUUUUAAUUAGUCUCCCGGAGUUAAAAUGAGGGGU